AUGGCUACCGGAAAUCCGAAGCGAUCCCCGGAGGUGAUAGAAGAUAUUCUAAUCCAAAGAAUCUUCUUAGUCACGUUAACGAGUACGGAUAAUAAUCAAGUGAUGUAUUUAGAGAAAAUGUCGGCUGAAAAGCUCCGCGAAGGCAAGUCACUUCUUUUGAAUCGUGAUAUGAUGGAAGAAGCUCUUGUUGGCAAACUUUCAGGUCAGUUUAGUGGUGAAUCGCUGUUUCAAUACCUUACAGGUUGCUAUGGUCGUGCUUUUGAAGAAGGUAAGAAGAUUAGUAAUAUGAAGGAUGUUGAUCUGCAGCCUUCUUUACAGAAUUGUGUUAUAAAACCAGCUAAGAAAUUACUUGCUCGUUACUGCCAGAUUGACUUGUGUAACCCAGAUAUGUUUCCGCACAGUGAAAAAAUAUCAGCAGGUUCAGCCUUAUUGCCCAUAAUCUUUAAUGCAGUUUCAGAAAAUAAUACGGCAUGUGGAAACGAGUUUUUGAAUGGGUUUUUUACAGAAACUGAUGAUUAUGAGAUUAUGGCUCCAAUUUUUAAGAAUUUGUAUGAUAGUCUGAAUCAUGAGAUCAGUAAAGUUAAUGAUUCGCCACUUGGAAAUUUUGUUCAACCGUUGAAGGCUUUAAGGAUGUUAGUGGGUUUUCCCAAUGGUGGAAAAGCAUUGGUAAAUCACCCAUUGUGGUUACCCAAAGGUGAAGAUGUUAAUGGGCGCGUAAUUGAGAAAGAGAGUAUACUGGGUUCUUUUUUCCAUAUUAGUGCUCUACUUGACUUGACUUCGACCGCUGAUGAUAUUAAUCUUCUCCUUUGUCCUAUGACAUUACCCAUGAAUGCUUUAUAUGACGGACUCUUGGAGGUUCUUUUGUACUUGCUGAAAAGUAAUGAAGAUGUACGAGAGUGUGUUAUGGGGUAUAUCGGGAAUGUCAUUGAGAAGAACUCUUCUAGGGCGCAUAUGCACGUAGAUAUGGCUACUUCUGCAAGUUCAGGUAUGUUUUUUAAUCUCAGUGCAGUGAUGCUCCGGCUUUGCAUGCCGUUUUUAAAAGAAAUAACAAAGAGGGACAAGAUAGAUGCGAAAUAUGUGUCUAAUAGUACUCGUCUGGACUUCAGAGCAUUAACUGCUCUUCAUGCAUCACCAGAAGAAAGUGGGGCGUGGGCUGAUGAAAAUAAAUUGAAGUCUGGGAAUAGUCAGUAUAGUUUUAUAUGCGAGUGUUUUUUUAUGACUGCUAGGGUCCUUAACCUGGGUUUACUUAAACUCAUAUCUCAGUACAGAGAUCUUGAAAAACAAGUGUCGGAUAGUAUAAAUGAACUUUCGUUAAUGAAAGAGCAGCCUCCUUCAAAAUAUUUCAAAGAGGAGAUAGCACGUCUCAGUAAAUUAAUUGAAUUGCAAUCUAAAAUAAACUCGGGUUAUGAAUCUCAUUUGUUGGAGGAUUGUAAUAUUCAGCGUGCAUUGUCUUUCUACCGGUUGAUGAUCGUCUGGUUGGCAGAUUCUGUUGGCGGGUUUAAAAUGCCUUUGCCAUCAGGUUGCCCUAUGGAGUUUGGUUGUAUGCCUGAGCAGUUUGUUGAUGAUGCAAUGGAGUUGCUUAUAUUUGUCUCUGAGAUUAUACCUGAGAAAUUGGAUCCCGGCUUGCUAAACGAUUUUAUCAACUUCAUUAUUAUGUUCAUCGGAAGUCCGAAUUAUAUCAGAAAUCCUUAUCUCAGAGUCAAGAUGCUUAAAGUCUUGAACUGUUGGACGAUCAAGAGAAAUGAUUCAGAUACAGCAGUUUCCCCUUUUGAAGGCCACCAAUUAGCUCUUGGUCAGUAUCUGGUUGGAUCUGUUUUGAAGUUAUAUGUCGACAUUGAGUUUACUGGUUCAGAUACUCAAUUUUUAGGGAGAUUCUUCAUACGUGAUGAAAUCGCAAAAUUUCUCAAGUACUUGUGGGAAGAACCAAGCCAUCUGGAUGCAUGGACGAAAUUCGCCAAAGAAGAGGAGAAGGGUGUUUAUUUGAACUUCUUAAAUUUCCUAAUAAACGAUAGCAUAUAUCUUCAGGAUGAAGGGUUUAACAAAAUUCGUAAACUUAAAGAAAUGGAAAAUCGGAGGAAAAUGGAAAAAGAGAGGGAAGACAGAAUUGAUGAGUCCCUUUCUGAGGUGGAAGAUGAGUCGUAUUCCGAGGUGGAAGAAGAGUUGCAUUCUGAGGUGGAAGAAGAGUCCUAUUCUGAUGUGGAACACGACAUCAGGGACUACAUAGCAUUAGCGUUGGAUGAUAUCAACAUGCUAGCAUUCACUUCUGAGCAGAUUACUGCUCCCUUUCUUCUUCCCCAGAUGGUUGAGAGAAUAGCUAAUAUGCUGAAUUAUUUCUUGGUGCAACUAGUCGGCCCGAAACGGAAUUCUCUUAACAUUGAGAAUGCUGAAAAAUACAGAUUCAAACCGAGGACAUUACUAAGGAAGAUUAUCAGCAUUUACGUUCAUAUAGCGAGGGAUGAUAAGGAAAAUACUCUUGCUGCUGCAAUUUGUAAAGAUGCUCGAUCGUAUAGUGAUAAAUUAUUUACUGAGGUAGCAAAAGUACGUGGAUUAGGUGAAGAUGGAAAUUGGAUGGAACUGCAAGAGUUUGCUAACCUUGGUGCCAAAGUCAGACUUGUAGCUUCAGAGGCAAUGCAUGCAGAAGCGGCACUGGGGGAGAUACCAGAUGAGUUCUUAGACCCAAUCCAGUGCACGCUGAUGACAGAUCCAGUGACUCUUCCUUCUUCUAAUGUUACAGUCGAACGUUCGGUCAUCGAAAGGCAUCUUCUUAGUGACACCAAAGAUCCAUUCAACCGGUCACAUCUUACCCAGGAUAUGCUCAUUCCCGAUGUCCAACUGAAAUCUCGAAUAGAUGAGUUCGUCAGGUCACGAAUCCAGCACACGUCAUGA